AUGGAACAAAAUAAUGAAACCUCAAAUGACUUCAUCCUCCUAGGGCUCUUCCCUGGGUUCAGACAUCCCCACCUCCUCAUCCUUACCAUCCUCCUCAUCUACACCAUUGCCUUUGCUGGAAAUGCCCUCUUGAUCCUCCUCAUCUGGCUGGACACCCGCCUCCACACCCCCAUGUACUUCUUGCUUAGCCAGCUCUCCCUCAUUGACCUAUCUUAUAUCACUAGUACUGUCCCCAAGACAGUAACCAACUACUUCACAGGAAAGAAGAACAUUUCCUAUUUUGCCUGUGCAGCUCAGUUGUUUUUCUUUCUUACCCUUGGCCUUGCUGAGUGCAUCCUCCUGACCCUCAUGGCUUAUGACCGCUAUGUGGCUGUCUGUAACCCCCUGAGAUAUGCAAUCCUCAUGAGUCCCAGGGUCUGUCUACAGAUGGCUGCUGUAGUCUGGAUUGGGGCUGCUCUGGCCGCCCUUGUCCAUACCAUCUACCCAAUGCAUUUCCCUAUCUGUGGCUCCAGGGAAAUUAAUCAUUAUUUUUGUGAGAUGCCUGCUAUCUUGAGACUGUCUUGUGUGGACACAUCAGCCUACGAGAUGGUGAAAUUUGUGUCAACUAUUGUGUUCCUUCUGAUCCCAUUUGUUCUCAUCUUGUCCUCCUACACCCUCAUCUUCCUCACUGUCCUCAGGAUGAACUCCUGCAAGGGAAAAAACAAAGCCCUGGCCACCUGCUCUUCCCACCUAACUGUGGUCAGUCUGUACUUUGGUCAGGCUAUCUUCAUCUACAUGACACCCAGCUCUUCACAUACACCCGAACAAGACCAGAUAGGAGCUAUGCUUGGCACCAUAGUGAUCCCCAUGCUCAACCCACUUAUCUACAGCCUGAGGAAUAAAGAAGUUGUUGGGGCCCUGAGGAAGAGAAUGGGAAGGUAUUGCAACUGA